AGAGAGGGCUUAAGGGGAGCUGCGUCCACCCCCAUUGCCACUGUGACCUCGGGGCGAAACCGAUCAGAGCGGCUGGCCCACCUCUUUCCCGAGUCCCUACGUACGCGUUUUGAGGCGCCCCUGUUCGUUUACACAGAAGAAAAGGCGUAUCUGGCAAUGUCAGAGGCAGCCAAGGCGAUGGUGGGAGUGCGGUCUGUGAACAAGAGCAUCCCUGCUCACAACCGCUGCUUUGGUGCCUGGUGGAAGAGUGUGUUGGUGGAUCUGGUGGUGGGGUACGACACCAUCCUCAUGAACUCCCUAAUCUCCUCGCGAGGCAAAGGUUUCCUGUACAACGCACACACCAAGGAGUUAUACGACCUCAAUCUCGCUGCCACCAGGGGCAGAGCUGCUGCUACCUCCUUUGAAGACGUGAUUUCGUUCAAGAUUGGAGUGGUGUUCACAUCAGUGUUCAUAUUCUUCAUGACCCUCCUCGCGGUAUCCUUCACCCUCCGAGAGACACAGAGCCGCAUGCUCAAAUUCACAAUCGCCCUGCACCACCAUGCAAGGCAUCGCCUGCCCACGUUCCGCCUCAUCGCCAUGCACAUCCUCGAGUCGCUCGUAUUCAUCCCCAUCAUGAUCGGUAUUCUCUUCUUCCUGUUUGAGUUCUACGACGACCAGCUCCUGGCCUUCAUGGUUCUCACACUCGUGUGGCUCUGCGAAAUCUUCACGCUCAUCAGCUGCCGCUCCCCCUUGUCGCGGCGUUUCUUCCCCAAGUUCUUCUUCCUCUUCUUCCUCCUCUUCCACGUCUACUUCUUCACAUUCACCUACGGGUUCUCCUAUCUGGCCUUUGCCACAGCAGCGGCCUUCCUCAACCACAUUGCCAUCUUCCUCUGGAACCGAUGCGAGGCCACAGCUCUUGCUGAUGCUGGUGCAGCAGCUGCUGCUCGUGCUGCUCCUCCUGCUGCUGCUGCUGCUGCUGCUACUGAUGCUGAUGCUGAUUUUGCUGUUAAUGUUAGUGUGGAUCCCAAAACUGCCUGUUGGAAAGGUGGGUCCCGCACAUGGGAGGGUGAGGGUGAGGGGUUGUUUGAGCUUCAGUCUAGUGCAAGGGGAUACGGAGGGGUGUGGGGAGGUGGGGGCUUGUGGGACGACCAGGAGGAGCAGUGGGAUUGUGCUGAUGCGGUGGGGAGGAGUGCUGAUGGUGCAGAUGGGGGGUCUGGUUGGGACCGUGAGCAGGGGGGUGGGGGCGAAAGCUGUGAUAGUUAUGAUAGUGGUGAGGAGGGAGACGAGGAGGAAGAGGAGGAGGAGGGGGAGGAGGAGGAUGAUGCUGGCAUGAGUGAUGGUGGUGGGGAGUUUAGUAGUGUUGCUGCUGAUGGUGGCAAAGAGUUGUCUCGCUUCCUGAGCUACACGCGUUGCGAUCGCCAGCGUCUCAAAGCUCGCUGA